AUGGAGGUCAGCCUAGCCAUAAAGCCGAAAGUUCACCUAAUAUUGGUCCACGGCGCGUGCCACGGCGCGUGGUGUUGGUACAAGGUGAAGCCGCUCCUCGAGGCCGCCGGCCACCGCGCCACCGCCCUCGAUCUGGCAGCCUCCGGCAUCGACCCGAGGAAGCUCCACGAGCUGAGGGGCGUCGCCAACUACACGAGGCCACUUUUGGAGCUAUUGGCAGAGGUCCCAGAAAAAGUGGUGCUCGUGGGCCAUAGCCUCGGAGGAAUCAACUUGGGGCUCGCGAUGGAGAUGUACCCGAGAAAGAUUGCGGCGGCCGUUUUUCUUACUGCGUUCAUGCCGGAUUACGUGCACCGACCGUCGUAUGUUUUGGAACAGUACAACGAGCGGACUCCAGCUGAAGAGUGGCUAGACACCAAGUUUUUACAGUGUGGAACCUCAGAAGAGCCUCUCACUUCCAUGUUUUUCGGCCCUCAGUUUGUUUCUAACAAGCUUUACAAUCUUUCUUCACCUGAGGAUGUAACACUGGCAAAUAUGUUGCUAAGGCCAAGCUCCUUGUUCAUUGAAGAUUUGUCGAAGAAGAAAUAUGAAUUUACGAAAGAAGGGUAUGGAUCCGUGAAGAGGGUAUUCAUAGUUUGUGGACAAGACAAGGCUAUUCCCGUAAAUUUCCAACGUUGGCAGAUUGAAACAAUUGGGGUCGACAAAGUAAUGGAAAUCGAGACUGCUGAUCACAUGGCCAUGCUCUCGCAGCCACACAAACUCUGCCAAUGUCUGCUUGAAAUUGCAGAUAAUUAUGCAUAA